UAUGUUGUUUGUUUUUCAUAUUUUUAGGUUGCAAGAUCUAUAAAUUCUCUCAAGGGACAAGUUACCAGCAUGCAGUUUUAAUUUAUGGACUCCUACCAUCUUCACGAAUAAUAUGCCACCCACCGUUUUCUUUUCCCAGGAACCAAAAGCAACCGUAAGAAUGAGUUCAACUUCAAGGCAACGUCCUUUACACGCAUGUGGAGUCUCCAUCUUAGCAAUUGCUGACCUUGCCUUAGUCAAAAUCCAACAUAUCAAUGGACCAUUAGGCUCACCUUUAAGAAAGAUUGUAAAUCUGGCCAAAUUUUUCACACCCCUUAUCUACGCAUUGCAAUACCAAUGGCUAGCAAUCCUCAGUUUCAUCGAUAACCGCAUUCUAUCAGCUGAAAAAAUUGCAGAGAAAUUGUUCCCCCCUUCAACACAUGCGUUCGAUAAAGUCGAUGAAGUUGUGUUAGUGAUUGUGUCCCUGCCAGAAAAAUUUGAUUAUGCAGUGACCAAGUUUCCUGCCAUAAUCCAUGAAGUUCCUUUCGUAGAAUGGACACUGAGCCGUGUCACAUCAAGGUUGAAUAGCUUGGCUUCUACAUUGAACCAUUGGGGACAUGAAAGUUCAAGCAUAGAUGAGAAAACAAUAGGUAUUGAUAGGAGUUGCAAUGAGGAGGUGCAAUCAUCAUCUGGGGGGUACCUUAAUAAUAACAUUCCCAUGGAUUCUUCAGAUGAUGUUGUCAUUGAUAGUGAUAGUGUGGAAAGCUUUCCUCCUAUACCAGAGGCAGAACAUAAAGGGAUUCCAGAGGUGGCGGUGCCGAGUCAGGUGAAAGGGUCAUACAAGGAAGCAUUGUUAGAGAGAGGGAAAGAAGAGGAACCAAGUGAUAGCAAGGUGGAGAAAGAGUGUGAGAAUGAGAAGAAGAUUAAUGGAGAUGUUGAAUGCGAAGCUAGUGUAGGAACAGAGAAGAGUGCUGGAAAUAAUGAUGAAGUGUGUCAGAGUUUUGGGAAAUACCAAGUUGGAAGGAGUGAAAGUGUCAAGGAUGAUCCAAUUCUGCAAUUGUUUGAGUCGGCAUGGCUCAUGACAUCUGGUCGUUAGAAUCGGCUUCUUUUUCUCAGAAUUUUAUCAUGAAACUCAUAAACUGCUCACAGAAGCUUCUCCUCAUAAUUGAUUCUGGCUCUAGAAUCAAUUGUAAAAGAAUUUCCCAACAUGCCCUUAGAGAGACAGAGGGAAUGCAUCUAGGAUGUGUAUCCUUUCCUUCUGUGCCUACUUAUAAAAUGAGUGUCUUUUUGUUA